CGUGCAGCUGGCAGAAAGGAGGCGGGGGUCGCCUUUGGGUUCGGUGCUCGCGGAUUGGGCCCCGGGGGGCGCCGGCCCUGGGCCGGGAGCCCUCCAGGCAACCUCGGAGGCUGCGCUCAUCCAGCCCCUACUCCUCACUCCCCACACCCCCCGGCUCACAGAGGGGGAAACUGAGGCGCACAGAAGGUCAGUGUACCACAGGUGAUCAUCUGCUCUCCUACAGAUGGCCUCUUGGGUGAUGUCCAGGUGUCUGCUAAUUUGAAGGGCUGUUUGAACAUUCUGGUAAAAUGUCUGCCCCAGGAUCCUACCAGGCAGCCGCUGGGCCUUCGUCGGUGCCGACCGCGCCCCCAACCUAUGAAGAGACAGUGGCCGUUAACAGUUUCUUCCCCACGCCCACUGCACCCGUGCCUGGGCCAGCCACGGGGCUCGUGACAGGCCCGGAUGGGAAGGGCAUGAACCCUCCUGCGUACUACACCCAGCCAAUGCCCGUCCCCAACGCCAAUGCAAUUGCCGUGCAGACAGUCUACGUGCAACAGCCAGUCUCCUUCUUUGACCGCCCAGUCCAGAUGUGCUGUCCUUCCUGCAACAAGAUGAUCGUGACUCAGCUGUCCUACAACGCCGGCGCCCUCACCUGGCUCUCCUGCGGAAGCCUGUGCCUGCUCGGGUGCAUAGCGGGCUGCUGCUUCAUCCCGUUCUGCGUGGACGCUCUGCAGGACGUGGACCAUUACUGCCCCAACUGCAAAGCUCUCUUGGGCACCUACAAGCGUUUGUAGGACUCAGCCAGACCUGGAGGGAGCCGUGUGUGACAGCAAGUCCUUUCUGACUCUCACCCAGCCUCACCCUUGGCGGAGCUUCCACCUUGGUGGUCUCAUCUCCAGGGUCUCCUCCUUCGUGUCUUCUUUGGGGUGGGGGGGCGGGAAAUAUCGCAAAAGAAACAUACUUCCAAACCCCAGGAAUUGCUGCCUGGAGUCGUGCGCAGGACAUGCAGAGACAUUGACCUUGAAUGCUGGGUGAAGGGUUUCCCACCUAUCUGUGAUAGCCAUCCCACCUAACUGUGAUCGUUGCCCUGUCUGAAUAACUUCUGGUGAUUUGCCUUGCCGGCUUCUUUCCUUGCGUCCGUGCGCCCGUCCGGUGGUGGCUCCAACUGAGAGGCCACAGGUUGCCUUCUUUUUGAGACUCUUCUGGCCUGAAUGAGGCUGAACCAGCCUUUAGUGCCUCCCACCUCGUGUCCAUCGGUUUCCACUUCCGAUGACAAAAAUCUUGCCUUACGAACUUAACGCCUUGGCUCUCCGAUUCUGUAACUACAGGCUUUUCAUUAGCACACACAAAUUCACUUUAAUUUCUUAUUCUGUUUUUAAGUACAUGCAGGGGCUAUUCACACCCACCAGACCCGUAUCCAUGAGGUCAUGAAUGCAUGCUAGAAACAGAGCUGGAUCUUACGGAUCUGCCUUCCCUCGGUUGUUUGUAUCCGAUCCUCAGCCACUUUCCAUGAGAAGCUUUCUUCUUGUAGAGGAAUUAUUUUUUGUGUUAGCAGUUUUUAUGACCUCCGUUUGGUCUUCAACACCUUUGAACAUAGUUUUGAAAAGAGGGUUUUAUAGAACCAUUUUCCUUAACGUACAGUUGGUAUCAUUUUCCCAUUUGCUAGGGCACUCACAUAUUCUUUUUUUACUUACCAGAAAAAGUAAUGGAUAAUUGCAUCCAUUGCCUUUACUCGGUUUUAGUGUGGUUCUUAAAAACCUCUAUAAUGGAACUCCGAAAAUGGGGCCCCUUUUGAGUUCCUGGUAAGUGUGUUUGGAAAGACAAAAACUUAUGGGAGCACAUCCAGGUACCACAGUGCUAAGAAGCUUGGGGACCUGAACGACUUCAAAGGAAUCUAAAGUUUGACUUUAUUUUUCGGAAAUAUACUUCGUUGUAUAACAUCAGAAGACAUGAUUUCUUCUAGGACUCAGGCAGCAAGCAAGCGUUCCCGGUUCGCUGCUGUGUCAUCUUUGAAAUAAGACAAAGCCAGACUCAACUUUCAAGGGUCCCCGUUUUGAUAAUAAAUAGGCACUGGGAAUGCAUGUGAAUAAUAUUCUGUAAAAAAAUCAAGCCUAGACCUUCAAGAAAAAUCUGUAUAUUGGCUAAAAAUUAUAGUCAUAACCAUUGAUUCAGUUUGUUCAUUUGAUGUUUUUGAAAGUUUCAGUAAUUAUUUUUGCAACAAAUAUGGAAACUACAUCAUACGUGGGUGUUUAUCUGCUUUUAAAAAAUAAAGUCUUUGGUUCACACUCGGUGAACUAUUUAUCAACUCUUA